CCAGAACACCCUCAGGUCGCACGCAGGGCGCAUGCGCACCAACCUUUCUGGACGUUUCCUCACGUGGAGCGAUUCUCCUUGAUCAGGUUGUCACAUCCACCCUCACCGAGAGCAACCUCGAGUCGGAUCCACACGCCGUCGACCUACAGACGUCACUAAUUAAGUCAUGGCCUUCAGAAAAUUCCUGCCACUGUUCGACCGCGUCCUGGUGGAACGUUUCACGGCAGAGACGGUAACCAAGGGCGGCAUCAUGCUGCCUGAGAAGUCUCAAGGCAAAGUGCUGCAGGCCACAGUGUUGGCAGUUGGACCCGGAUCUGUCAACCAGGAUUUCUACAACUGGCCGGAUGAGUCAUUUGAGGAGAUGGACAGCACCCUGGCUGUUCAACAGUACAUUCAGCAGAACAUCCGCUCGGAUUGCUCCAAUAUCGAUAAAAUCCUGGAACCCCCCGAGGGUCAGGAUGAGGGUGUGUGGAAAUAUGAGCACCUCAGACAGUUCUGCUUGGAGCUCAACGGGCUAGCGGUCAAACUCCAGAGCGAGUGCCAUCCAGACACAUGCACACAGAUGACGGCCACCGAGCAGUGGAUCUUUUUAUGCGCUGCUCAUAAGACCCCCAAAGAGUGCCCCGCCAUUGACUACACCAGGCACACACUGGACGGUGCUGCCUGUCUUCUCAAUAGCAACAAAUACUUCCCCAGCAGGGUGAGCAUCAAGGAGUCAUCGGUGGCCAAGUUGGGGUCGGUGUGCCGCCGCAUCUAUCGGAUAUUCUCGCACGCUUACUUCCACCACCGCCAGAUAUUUGACAAAUAUGAGAAUGAAACAUUCCUGUGUCACCGCUUCACCCGCUUUGUGAUGAAGUACAACCUGAUGUCCAAGGACAACCUGAUCGUGCCCAUUUUGGAGGAGGAGGUGCAGAACACCUCAUCGGCCGGCGAGAGCGAGGCCUGAGCGAAACCCACGUGAAUACGCCCGCACACGCACACAAACAUCUAACACACACUACUGUACAGUGUAUUAAGACCUACUGCCCAGCACCUUGUUGCUCCUUCGUCAACAACGUCAAGUGCAAGGGAAGCCUGCGGGACAAUUUAGUUUCCUUCUCUUGUUUGUUAAAAAGCAACACACUUCUCCUUUAGGGAACCUUUUAUGUAUUGAGAAGCUGGAUUUGCAAAAGGAAAAAAAAAAUCUCAAUGAUUGACUGUAUUUUUCGGACUAUAUGUCGCUCCGGAGUAUGUGUCGUACCAGUCAAAAAAUGCAUCAUGAAAAAAAUAAAACAUAGCCGUUGCUCCGCAGUAUUAGUUGGAUUUUGGGUGACAUUUAUUUGACCCCCAAAAAACAAUACCAACUUCCUGACUCUUCUGAGCGUUGAGAAAUUCAGAGCGUUGUUCAAACAGUGCGCCGAAAAAGGAGUGCCGCAGAUCAGUGGGUCAUACAGUACAAGGAAAGGAAACUUCAUGCCUGAACUGCUGAUUGCUUUAUAACAGGCUGCAUUUGGAAAGGGGAGUGCGCUCGACCUUUCCAAACGCACACUCCCCCGGAGUGGGGUAUCAAACUGAAAACACACCCUGUGUUGACAGCACCAAAUGAGUUGUUGUUGCCUUCAAAAAUGUCGUUAGUAACUCUUUAAGAACAUUUUAGGUUUGAAAUGGCUGACCUCAUCAAAAAUCCUGUGUGGCAUUGUGGCCAAAUGUAGAAUCCUGGACACUUACUGCACCUUUUGCUGGUGUAAAGAGUAAAUCCUUGUUGUGGCAGACGUAUGUCUGCUGCGGUAGCAGUUACAUCACACUUUCGUUACCAUGACUACAGUUCUUGUUGUUCUGCUUCUUUUUCUUCCUUUACUUUAUUUUGAUGGUUGGUAUAGUUCAGUUGCAUUACUGCCACCUUCCUUAGCGUACAGCACAGAAGGUGGCCACAAGUGGGAAUGCAUGACUACUUCUACUGUCUUCGCAGUCGGCAAAUACUUCUGGCGCAUUACUACCAGUGUGCAGAAGGUGGCGGUAAAGUACAAAAAGUCAACAAGAGUAGAUGACAAGGAUUUUAGGUGUUCGGGCUCAAAUUUUAAUAUAGUGUGUACAAGUCGCACCGGAGUAUAAAUCGCAAGACCAGCCAAAUAUGCACACAAAUAAGUGCAACUUAUAGUCCGAAAAAUACAGUGUCGGUAUUGUUGACAAAGGCACACACUAUUGACAGCCAUCCCCUGUGUAAAUAGCCUGUUUGAGCUUAUUUUCCCGACAGUACUUCACUGUUUUUUCUACGUUUGCUUCAUUUUCGCUCUUUGUCGGCUGCCAUUUUGUGUCGAGGAAAGGGGGUGGGAGGGUCAAUCAGUAAUUUAGCUUGCAGACUUUAAGAGGCUACCAAAAAAAAAUAUCCUCAAAACGUACACGUGACGUGCGUUAGUGAACAAACAACUCCGAGCUGUCCAAGUGUGCUCACAAUAUUCAUGAUGUGGCUGAAACGUCAGCUUAAAAAGCAUAAUGUCGGCCAUGUUUACACCCCUUCCUUUCUGUCACCCUCAUUAAGUUAUUUGGUUUAAUCUAAUCCACUUUUUUGUUUAAGUGAACUGAAAAAAAAGUUAUUUUACUUAAUAUAAUCCAUUUUUUUAAUGAACAACAAAAAGAAAAAACUUUGUUACUGUUUGUGACAUUUUCAUGAUGUCUCAUAAUAAAAGACUUAUUAUUCUGGAA